GUUGGAGUCAGAGAUUGGUCUGUUGGAGAGCGAGGAGUGUCAGAUCUCAGCUAAAGAGCAGACACUCAGAGAGAGACUGAGGAAAACAGAGAGGUCCAUAGAAGACCUACAGAAAAGUCUCCAGAAUGAGCAUGAUGCUGUGAGUAACGCCUCACCCCAGCAGCCAGACCAGCUCCUCGACCAGCUCCACGACCAGCUCCCCGACCAGCUCCCCGACCAGCUCCUCGACCAGCUCCCCGACCAGCUCCCCGACCAGCAGCCAGACAUCAGAGACUCCUCCACCACUUCUCCUCAUCAGGCCACAGCCUCAACAGCACCUGCCUCUGGGGAGCAGCCAAAGAAACCUGUGAUGUACGCCAUGGAGAUCAACGUGGAGAAGGACAGAAAGACAGGGGACACCAGGAUCCUGUCAGCUUCUGCAGUCAGCCCUGACGAGGUGCCUGACCGCGGGGUCAAGGUUUUCGACGACGGCCGGAAGGUUGUCUACGAGGUCCGCUCAGGGGGGUCCUCUACCCUGGACAAUGGGGUUCACCGCUGGAGCUCCCAACAGGUGGAUGAGCUGAUGAAGCGGGUCGGGGCGACCACUGGCUGUGCUCAGGGAGGCAAGGCUAAGGUCACCGUCAACCCCGCCGACGCUGAUGACCCCAAAACCUCCCCUAGGUCCACUGACCCCUCCGCUGACCUCCCUACCAACUACACCCCCUACACUACCCCCCCAGCUGUCCCUAGCUCUGGCACCACGGCCCACAAGAUGCCCAAGCCCCAGGCUCCAAGCGCCCCCAUCACCACCCAGCCUCCACCCUGCCAGGAGGUGAUAUACGAGGGUGAGGUGACGGAGGCUCCCCAGGCUACGGCGGAGAAGCCGAUCACUAUGAUCUUCAUGGGUUAUCAUAAUGUAGACGACCAGGAUGAGACCAAGAGGCUGCUGGGAUUCGACGGCACCAUCAAGGCUGAGAUCGUCCUGAUCGAUGAGGACGAUGAGAAGUCGCUACGGGAGAAAACGGUGACAGACGGUUACUCCACCGUGGACGGCAACGCCGCCGACCUGGUGUCUGGCGCGCGGCCGCUCAGCGACACCACCGAACUGUCGUCGGAGGGGAAGGACGAGAGCUCUGCCACGGCCACCAAGGAACUCCCCUCCCCAGCAGGUAUAGAGAAGAAAAAGCCCUGCCGCUGCUGUACUAUCAUGUAACCUCAUUACUUUAACUACACUACCCACAACUCUCUGUUUUUUCCCCCUGGGACUGCAGGGAGGAAGGAGCUCAUUGGUUAAUCAAGGCUCUGAUCUUCCUCCUCCCGAAACCCUCCUCCUCCUCCUCCUCUUCCUCUUCCUCCUCACAGCUACUAACAGAACCUUACCUUCUGGCCCCUGGAACUUGGCUGCGUUGACAUCACUCUUUUUAACUUUGACCUUUGACUCACCUUUGUGAGCCUGUGUCCUGAUGAUGCCCUCCCCCCUCCCCAGGGAAAGUAAAGGCACUCUGUCACUCCCUUCAGUAGGACAACGGUGGAGGUUGAAGUUGCCCCUAGACACUAAUAAAGGGUCAGUUUUAGAUUUUAUACUACUACAGAUGAAGGUCAGGAUUGGAUGAAGGGGAAGCUGAUUCUAGAUCAGGGGAAAACGUCACCCCAGAGCAAGGACAACUAUUCCAACACAGAGCAGCACAGUGUUUGGGUUGGGUUGGGCUAGCCACUAGUUUCAUGGUAUACACGAUACAUUUGGUCUGUAAGAAAUAAGUUAUUAUCCUGACCAAGGGAAUGUUUGAUGUUACAGACCUGGAUCAGAUGAAUAUCCAUCUGGCAGUCCUGAAAACAACAGAAAGAUGACCUGCAGAGAUUUUAGUAUGAGCCAGUACGGGUUGGUAUUCACACCGGUCUGUCUAGUUGCCGUAUUCAAGCAGAGACAUCUGACUGUAUGGAUAUCCAACAGACUAGGGGCCCAUCCUACACUGGACCUUAUUCCCUAUGUAAUAAAAUGAAUUUUGACCAGAGCCUUGAGGGUAGAGUGGCCCCGACCUUGAUACAACACCAAAUACAGUAUCACAGAUUCAUCUUUAGAAGUGUGUAAAAAGUAGUGCACUAUAUAGGGAAUAGGGUUCUGGUCUAUAGUAGUACCACUAUAUAGGGAAUAGGGUUCUGGUCUAUAGUAGUGCACUAUAUAGGGAAUAGGGCCCUGGUCUAAAGUAGUGCACUAUAUAGGGAAUAGGGCUCUGGUCUAAAGUAGUUCACUACAUAGGGAAUAGGGCUCUGGUCUAUAGUAGUGCCACUAUAUGGGGAAUAGGGUGCCAUUUGGGAUAUAUCCUGGGAAGGGCAUUACUUAUGACCUUCUGUCUGUACUGUCAGAAACAUAAAGUUAUCAUAUUUAACGAUAGGCUCCUCAACCAAACCAUGUCAGAGGUGAGGAGGGAACUACCAGGGUAUCAGAGUAUAGGAGGGAACUACCAGGGUAUCAGAGUGAAGGAGGGAACUACCAGGGUAUCAGAGUGAAGGAGGGAACUACCAGGGUAUCAGAGUAUAGGAGGGAACUACCAGGGUAUCAGAGUGAAGGAGGGACCUACCAGGGUGUCAGAGUAUAGGAGGGAACUACCAGGGUAUCAGAGUAUAGGAGGGAACUACCAGGGUAUCAGAGUAUAGGAGGGAACUACCAGGGUAUCAGAGUGAAGGAGGGAACU